AAACUUCUAAACUUCAGAAUUCGAUCGAAGAACUGCGCCUGGCCGUUGCCAAAAUUGCUUCCACAACGGCCGGAUGUCAGAAGGUCCGCCACGAGGGAUGAAGGCCGACACUCGAGGCAAAGAGACGAGAGGGUAUUGCAAUUAGGCUGUGGAUCUUAGUGCUUGCUAGCUAUUAUAGGAGGAUUAAAAUGGCGACUACCGAGACAUUGAGAGAGUUCAGAAGGUUGGCUAAAGUCAGUGAAAGUCAAUCCUUGGUGGAAGAUCUUAUUGUACUGACUGGCGGCCUGCCUGUGUUGGCUGUUCCAGUGGCUCUUCUUGCGGCACUUUUAUACCUUUCCUACAUCAAUCAAAGCUCAAAAUCUCAAGACUUGAAGAAAAAUAAUAGUGGAGAAUCAAUAUAUCCCUCGCCUAGAACUGUGAUGGCUACCGUUACUGCAUUCGCUGUGUGCCAUUCCAUCAACUAUGAUUUGUCACGGCUGCCAUCUACACUCCUUGGCGGCAGAACUACUAUUUUAGACGACAAUUAUUCUACUUCCACUACCAACACCAAACCCUACUCUGACUUUGCAACAUUCUAUCAUGAAGCCUAUGUCGAUUUUCAUGUUACCGCUGCUUCGCGACUGUCGCAUUGCUUCCUGGCAACAUCGGUUGCAAUGAUAUGGAUAUCCGAUACUCGACUGGGCGUAGCAUCCAUUAUCGCACUGUUGACGGGAGCACUGGCAACCAUUCCCCUAUUGGCGUGCCCGAUACCCUUUGUUGAAAUGGCACUCGUCGUGACGACGGGUAUUGCUGUGACCCAAAUUCUUUGCAGCAAUCCUCACAAUGGAACCAUGACAUUGCGGUGGUUUGCCUUCUUUGUCACAUGGGCUCUGUUGGAUUAUUUGGAUCAUUAUCUAUCGGGUCGAAAUGGGUCCGCUGCCAUGUAUGUGGGACAGCAUUACAUCUCUUGGGCGUUGAUUGGGCAACUCCAGCUGGCGUUUCACAUGGUGUCCUCGGGGGUGACGCACCGAUGGCAAUAGUCAACGGUGGAUAUUGCAACUGUUUCAGUUCUGGUAUCUGGUAGUAGUAUUCAGGGAUGCAUCAUUCAUGUAUAACUAGAAUGUAUGUACGGUAUGUAGAACAUGUAGUUUAGGUUAGUGGGCUGAAUGAUAUGUAGAUACAAGUAUGAAGGUGGAAGACUUUAAAAGGAAUGGAAGAAGGA